ACUAGCUAGAGGUCAAAGGUCAUAUUUAGCUUGUUCUUAAGGAUUAAUUCGUCAUGGUCACACCUACUAGCAGUUCCAGGCUUUAGAGUAGUAGUAGUAUUAUUUUUUUCUGUGAUUUUUGUUUGUAGGGUUGCCUAGCCUACCGAUAGGUUUCUUGAUGCACAGCCUACUUUAGGCAAUUGUAGGUUAAGCUUAAACCAAGCUCGCUUAGUAGUUUACGGUGUUUGUUUUCCAAUUUAGGAAAUCCUGCAUUUAAAAUUGUGAAAUCCAUGUACAAAAUAGUAAUAUACUAGAGAGUAUAAGGCCGGGCUUUGUUUGGUUUUAACAGUACCUUAAAGGCUAGGGCAGUAGGUAGGCCUUGGUAGGUUUUUAUUUUUGAAGUCACAGGAUGUGAAUAUUAUUAUGUUCAUGAUGUAGGUACAUUGAGACACAGUAAAACAGAAGACAACUAUCGUGUACGUGUACAAGGGGUGCCGUGUUCAGUAUUAUCCCCAUGGGUAUGUAGGGUAAUGCAUUGCUGUGUGGACAGGCGGACACUUUCCCUAAAAAUAACUUUAGCACUUCCAGUAUCCUGAGUUAAGAUUCCAGUCAUAACCCAACCAGCGUAGAAACAACAGAUUGAGACCUCUACUUUCCUCUUGAAUGAUGUUUGGCAUAUGAAAGACAAUGAUGGACCAAGGCAAUGAUAAUUUCAUGUCCUUUGGUGUUGGAGAUGAUCCACUCGUCAUCCAGAGAAUUGAUUCCAAUGAAAUUAUAUAUUGCCCACCAAAGAGAAAGUACAAGUUGAUUGGGAAGUAUGUUUUGGGUGAUAAGCUUGGGGAAGGAAGUUAUGGCAAAGUUAAAGAAUGCCUAGAUAAAGACACCCUCCAGCGUCGAGCUGUGAAGAUUAUGAAGAAGAAAACACUUAGAAGAAUUCCAAAUGGAGACCAAAAUGUAAGAAGAGAAAUACGUCUGUUAAGGAAUCUGAGGCACAAGAAUGUCAUUAAUUUAAUUGAUGUGUAUCACAAUGAUGAGAAAGGAAAGAUUUACAUGGUGAUGGACUUCUGUGUUACUGGGUUGCAGGAAAUGUUAGACCGAACUACCAAAAAAAAGUUCCCUAUUUGGCAGGCUCACAAGUAAGUAUUUUCCUCAUAUUUGAUUUUGAGUUUAAAUCU